CUUGCCACGCACGUUUGAGAGACUCGGUUGCCUUUCCCAUGUUUGCCCCGCACUUCUGGCCUCCAUGAGCACCGGCUGCUCCUCCCGGCCCCGUCAUGCGUUCUUCGAAUUUCUUGACUAGUAACACCCUGGCAACGACUUCGCCCACACGUUUGAAGAAGAAUUUGAGCUUUUCGCGGAGAUCCAUGAUGAUGAUGUGGGUCUCAGUUGCAGCUUGGAUUGGGCUGGCACUGUAUUUUCCCAUUUACUCGUUUGGAUCCUACGAGGCGAAUCUCUCUGUUGCUCCAUUCUCGCCGAAUUGGGCCCAGUAUUCUCCAUUUGUUUCUCAGGCGGAAUACCAUGUGCCUAGCAACUGUAUAGUGACCCAGGUAAACCUUCUUGAAAGACAUGGCGCGCGCUAUCCCACUAGCGGUUCUGCUGCUCAGAUUGUCUCCGCCAUCGAUAAGUUAACUGCCGUUGGCUCGUACACGAAUGAACGCAUGCAGUUUUUGGUCAAUUAUACAUACGAUCUGGGAGUUGCCGAUCUUCUCCCGUUUGGUGCAGCACAGGCAUAUCAAUCCGGAGAGACCUUCUUCCAAAGGUAUUCGUAUAUUGUCGAUCAAGACCAUAUCCCCUUUGUUCGAGCUUCAGGCUCGGACAGGGUUAUCAAGUCAGCAAUGAACUGGACUGCAGGAUUUUCAGCUGCCAGUUAUCAUGUCUACAACCCAUCUUUAUCCGUGAUUCUGUCUGAAGACUCGAACGAUACUCUCGACGACAAUAUGUGUGAAAACGCUGGAAACUCCGAUGAAGAAACCAACGCCUGGUUGGCCGUCUACGCUCCUACCAUAACAGCUCGUAUCAAUGACGGUGCUCCUGGUGCAAACAUCUCCAACGCUGACACAUACAGUCUUCUCUCGAUGUGUCCCUUCGAUUCCGUGGCUAAGGAAAAGCGUAGUCCUUUCUGCGACAUGUUCGAGCCUGCGGACUUUGAGGGUUUCGAAUACUCGGGAGAUUUAGACAAGUACUAUGGCACGGGAUAUGGACAAGAACUGGGGCCAGUCCAGGGUGUUGGAUACGUCAACGAGCUCUUAGCGCGGCUGACUUCCUCCCCAGUUCAGGACAGCACCCAGACAAACCACACCCUUGACUCCAACCCGGAAACCUUCCCCCUCAAUCGCACCAUCUACGCAGACUUCUCGCAUGACAAUCAGAUGAUAGCUAUAUACGCCGCCAUGGGGCUCUUCCCCCAGAGUGCCGAUCUUGACCCGACGAGCCCAGAUCCGAACCGCAGCUGGCUUGCCUCGAGGCUCGUGUCGUUCUCGGCGACCAUGAUGACUGAGAAAUUGGAAUGCGCGGGUGAGGAGCAUGUGAGGGUUUUGGUGAACGAUGCGGUGCAGCCGUUGGCGUUCUGUGGGAGUGGGGAUGGGUUAUGUUCGUUGGACGCGUUCGUCGAGAGCCAGGCAUAUGCGAGGAACGAUGGGGACGGGGACUGGGAGAAAUGUUUUUAGGGUUUAGUUAG